CGUCGCGACGCUGUGCUCAAGGCGCCUGCGCACUCCCUGUAAAGCCGCCGGGGUGGCCUCGCGUUUCCCUUUUCCGGUGUCGGCGCCGCGCGGUGAGGAUCUCUGUGCACGCCCGCAGUCAUGCCGUCCAAGGGUCCUCUGCAGUCUGUGCAGGUCUUCGGACGCAAGAAGACGGCCACAGCCGUGGCGCACUGCAAACGGGGCAACGGCCUCAUAAAGGUGAACGGACGGCCCCUGGAGAUGAUCGAGCCGCGGACGCUUCAGUACAAGCUGCUGGAACCUGUUCUGCUUCUUGGGAAGGAGCGAUUUGCUGGCGUGGACAUCCGAGUCCGUGUGAAGGGUGGUGGUCAUGUGGCCCAGAUUUAUGCAAUCCGCCAGUCCAUUUCCAAAGCCCUGGUGGCCUAUUACCAGAAAUAUGUGGAUGAAGCUUCCAAGAAGGAGAUCAAAGACAUCCUUAUCCAGUAUGACCGGACCCUGCUGGUAGCUGAUCCCCGUCGCUGUGAAUCCAAAAAGUUUGGUGGUCCUGGUGCCCGUGCUCGCUACCAGAAAUCUUACCGAUAAGCUCAUCUGGGUUCACCUUUAUAAUAAACAAUGGUCAUGGAAUUUAAGGUUUCAA